UAGAAGAUUCGCCACUACUGCAGUUCCAAAUGAAAACAUAAUUCCAAAACUGCAUGACUGAAGCGAAUUACAAUUCAUUUACAUUUUAACUAUUCUCGUUACGUGAAAUUAUGAAUACAUACGUAAAGAUUAUCAUAACUAAGAUAUUAAUAUUAGAAAAACAAAAAAAACAGAAGGAAAUGAAGAGAGCUUGAAGCAUAUUUACGUGAUCAAAUCGGAAGUAUAUAAAAACUCGUGCUGCAGACUUGCGCCAUCAAAUAUGGUAAUGGACGAUGGUAUAUCCCGGAGAAUAAAUGGACACUGGGAUUACAUUCUACAGAAGAAGACGACGCACUGGAACACGCAGAGUCAAUAGAAACAUCUCUAGCUGAUCAUCUUCAGAGACGACAUGAAGCGAAUCCGCGAAGCGAGUUCCACUGUAGCCAUCAGGCACAAAACAGUUGGUUUGGAAAACUCUACAAAAAAUCUUUACCCUGAAAUUGAUGUCCAAUGUUAUUGUAUUAUAGGUAACUGAGUGAUAAGUAAUAGUUCGAUAUAUGACGUUUGAAAAGAAAAGGAAUUUGACGUAUCUACGUUUUUAAGUAAUUUCUAAAAUAUAUGCCUGACAAAAGUAGGUACCUAGAAAUUUCUCUCUCUGAACCGGUAACUGCUUGGCCCAUUUUGAAAAUGCCUCUAUAAUUAAAUUUCACUUAUGCAUAUAAUAAACAUACUGAAUUAACAUGUAGAUAAUUCAUUUUUAUAAUAUACGGUGCUUGCCCAACAAAAUUUGCUUACUAAGCUUAAAACGUUUUUACGUAAGUUAAUAGAUAUAUUAUAUUUUAAGAUUCUUGAAUCCUAAACCCCAUCGUGCAUGCGUAUGAGUUGACUAAAAUCUUUAUAUGACAAUCGAAAACGCAGUACAGAAUCCGUCUAAGAAAAUGUCAACAGCUGUUAAAAUAAUUAUACAAAAACAUGUAAUUCUGCUCACUCAAAAAAAUCCUUUCCAGUGCAACAAAUGAGUGCACUAACGGGACGCAAAAAUCUGCGUUUCACUUUGUUUCACGUAUAGCGACAGACGUGCGCAUCCGCUUGAACACUGAGCACAACUGUUCCUCUGCAACCUUGUACAAAUUCAUGCCGGAAUAAAAAGUUACCUUUCUAAGUUUGAAUCCGCGAAUCGACGCAGGUGUGGACGGUGGACUUCUUCGAUGUACCUACUUCAAUGGACAACAAUGGAGGUCACAAGUUCAAAACCUCCGCGCAAGCAAUUUGCGUAAAAUAUGUCACUGCCAAUUUGUUUUCUGCUCACUCUUUGGAAGAGGACAAGAAUAAACUUAGUCGAAGAUUCAAUUUUGCGCCAGCUAAACUUCUUGGGCCAUUAAAAGAAAAUACUCCAACGGUACAAAACACGGUAGCAAACCUUGAAGGUGAAGUAAAGAUACCGUGGAUUAAAAAGUGGAAGCAUGGAAUUCUGCCUUAUUAUAUUGAUCCCAAUACAUAUGAUUCUCUUCUUGCGGAUAUUAUAUUAAAAACUUUUGACUAUAUUGAAAAAUUUACCUGCAUUUGUCUGCAACGUCUUAGAGAAAAGCCCGUAGAUAAGCAAUCACUACAAACUGUCGAAUGGCUCUAUAUAACUAAUCCUUCAGGUGUAAGACAAUGUGUUCAUAGCAAUGAGCGUAAACCCAAUACUGGUGUCCAGAUGGUAGUUCUCGGCUACAAUUGCUUAUCACAAGGGGAAAUAGCUCAUGAAGUUAUGCACGUGCUAGGCUUCUCACAUGAGCACACGCGCUCAGAUAGAGAUCGCUAUAUCGCCAUUUUAUGGGAUAACAUCAAACCUGGAUACAAGAAAUAUUUCCAAACUAGACAUGAUGGACGUUUAUUAAAUCUCCCGUAUGAUUACGCCAGCGUCCUCCACUAUCCACCACGAGCAUUCUCCAAAAAUGGCCAAAUAACGGUCAUGGCAGAGUCGGAUAUUAAAAUCGGGCAGCGUGAAGCUCUCAGUGAAUUGGACGUAGAAAAAAUAGGUAUGAUAUACGGCCGAGAAUGUGUAGAACGUAACAAAGAUUAUUUACUUAAAACAUGUCCAAGUGUAGUAAAAAUUAAAUCCAAACCAGAAGGGAUUCAAAAGAAGGACAUCGAAGAAUACUUUAAUAAUAGGAUAUGGCCGUAUGGAAUUGUUAACUACCAAAUUAAAGAUAUAUUGGAAUUUACUGUCGAAGAACGGGAAAAUAUGAAAGCUGUCUUUGAUCAUAUCGAAAAGGAAACCUGUAUAGAAUUUCGGGAUAUAACUAGCAAAGAUGAUGUUGAUGAUAACGAAAAUAUACUUGAAACCACUAAUGGUGUAUCUGCUAAUGAAGCAACUGUUACAUCUGAUAACUCUGUUAUGAUUAAAGCUGAAAACUUUGGUGAUCAAAACCAAACUCUUAAUGUAAAUGAAUCGACGAGAGAUCCGCCAAAUACAUCGAAGAGACUCAAAAUGACUAUCAGACUUUCUGAUUCAAGGGGAACAACUACACCAAGAAAAAUAAAAAUCUUUGAUGAACAUGACACGUCUAAUGAAUCUCAACGUAGAUACGCCAAAAAACCUACGAAAAGUGCUAAGAUGGUUCUUCCGGAGUCACCUGCUAGACGUCAUGCUGCCAAUGUGCUGACUCUCGUUCGUUCAACAAAACCAGGAUGUCAAUGUCCACCAGCUGGAAAACCAUUUGGAAACAAGGAACUCAUUGUCAAUGCAGACUGUUUCAAUUCAGUAAACGAUUUGCUUCACCUAUUCGUCCAUGUAUUAGGACUGGAUCACCAACACAAUAUGCACGACAGAGACUCUUUUCUACAUAUUGAAUGGGGAAAUCUCACUCCAGAAAUAACUGAAGACAUUAAAGAUAAACUGCCUCCCGCCGCCUCAGCAGGAUUCGCAUAUGACUACCAGAGUGUCAUGCAUUAUCCGUGGCUUCAGAUAAAGGAUGGCGUUACCAAUAUCAUGUAUCCGAUCUGGAAUGAUGGGUGGGCCAUGGGUCACUGGCAAGGGCUGAGCUGGGUUGAUGUACAGAAGAUUAAUCUCAUUUAUAUGAAUGAAUGUGACAAAAGGAAACAGCAUACGCGCAAUACCUAGCCUUAAAUAUACUCAGAUACUUGGAUUAAAACUCUUUAUUAUUUAUUCUC